AUGAACGAUACUCCCAACGGCGGAGCUCCGGACAGAGCCGAAGCGGAACGCCUCCUCGGAGUCGCCGGGAAGCUCCUCCAGUCGCGCGAUUUCACCGGGAGCAAGGAUUUCGCCGUCCUAGCUCAGGAGACCGAUCCCCUCCUCGACGGCUCCGAUCAGAUCUUGGCCAUCGCCGACGUCCUCCUCUCUUCCGACAAGAAGAUCAGCGACGACCACCACCACGACUGGUACUCAAUUCUCCAGCUGGAUCCCGCCGCCGACUUCGACCUCAUCAAGAAGCAGUACCGCCGCCUCGCCCUCCUCCUCCACCCGGACAAGAACAAAUUCCCCUUCGCCGAUCACGCCUUCAAGCUCGUCGCCGACGCGUGGGCCGUCCUCUCCGAUUCCUCCAAGAAAUCCCCCUUCGAUCGCCACUUCUUCAGCCUGUACACCAAGGUCGAUUUGUCCAGCGCCGGCAACAAAAUGCCCGUCCGGAGGAGCCAGCGGUCGUCUAGCAAGAACAAUCAUCCAGGUGACAGUAACAAUAACAACAGCGCUCCAACUGCCGUCAAUUCCAAUAGUAAUAGUAGCUCCGGGGACAUGAAUCAUAGUAGUAGUAGUCGGAGGUCGAGCAGAAUGGCCUCGUUUUGGACGCUUUGCCCCUACUGUUACAUAAUGUACGAGUACCCUAGGGUUUAUGAGGAUUGCUGUUUGAGAUGCCAGAAAUGCGAGAGAGCUUUCCACGCUGCUUUGAUACAUUCCUUGCCGCCUAUGGUGCCGGGCAAGGAAUCUUAUUACUGCUCGUGGGGGGUUUUCCCUCUGGGAUUUAUGCUUGGAAAUGGAGACAAAACUUCUGCUUCGGAUGCUGCUGCUGCUUCUGGUUCUGCAUUUGUUAAUUGGAUGCCACCAAUGUUCGGCGGAGGAGGGCAGCAGCAGUUUAGUGAUAGAAAUGGUGCACCUCCUCCUCCUCCUCCGCCGCCAGCUGCUGCUGCUACCACAUUUCCAGUGGUAACACCUGCUGUGCCACAGUCGACAGUGCCACCAUCCCUGCCCGUGCAAGGGAGUUCAUCUGGAGUGGCACCAAGGAAACGAGGCAGGCCGAGAAAAAAUCCGCUGCCAGGGCAAACGUAA